AACCUGGCCAUGGACUCCUUUGAAGCUUCAACCGCACCUUUCGGGGUGUGUGCAAAAUAAGUCAUGGCAGAGGACUUUGCGUUCAUCAUAGACUUAGAAUACGACCCCGUCAAGAACCAGGAACUAGGAGCCGCCUUCUCGAAAGAGAGGUCUUCCACUACCACCCGGCUCGAGGAUAUUAUCAACAUCCAGGCAGGAUCAGAAACCGGUGGACGAUCAUAUCUAUCCAUCAUCCCAACUACCAUUCAAAUCGUGAAGCCCGACCAUACACUCUUCAUUUGGCGUGCUGCGUUUCAUCCAGGCACCGGUCGACGAUUCACGAGUCUGGUGAUCUCGUGCAAAUUUUCGACAGCCGGGGCUGCAUCGACACCUCAACCACAAAAUCAGAGUACAGCAAAAGGUCCGCCUCUCAAGGUCAUCGCGCAUGCUCCCCGCAAGUCCUUCGGCGGUACGAGUAGAGAGACAAAGAAGACUGCCUGGGGUCUUGAGCUGCCCAUCAUGUUUACGGGAGCUGGUGUCGUGGAAGUGGGAGUCACACCAACCACCAACCACGAAAAGAAGAGGGAAGUGGAGCAUGCGUUUACUAUCACGGGAACCGCUAGGGGCGCGCCCAAUAAGCACACAUGUGUCUGGACUGUCGAAGAGAACAAUUCGACUGAACGUGGUAUACCGUCCGAGAUACAGCUAGCCACGCUUAUCCAUCACACUUCUCCAGUGCAAUGCGAUGUUACAGUCUCGGGCAGGGUAUCAGGAGGUAUCCUUCCGCCGCACUAUUUGAAGGCGAAGACUGCACCUGAAGAUCGGCGGAAGGUGAUUGACCCUGCCGCAUUCAUUGGCCUGCUCUGUGAAUACGAGUUCAAUGGAGACCCGGAAGGUUGUGAUCGUUUGCUGAAAGACUGGACUGGAGAGGUAGAAGGGUCAAUCUUGGAGUUCAAGCAGCCUGUGACCAAGGCUUGAUAUUAUCACCAGACAUAGAUUUGUGCCUGAUGUACAAAUCUCUUGAUAUUUCUGUAGUGGAUGCAAGUUUAAGAUGCCCGUCCGAAGCUUCAAUGCCCAAUAGAGUUUUCUAAGAUCUGGCCAGCUCCACUAUUUCCAGGGAGUGUACUGUUAAGAUAU